AUGGUGACGACUCAUAAAUACAUUACUUCUUUCGCUAGGAGUACGUUAUCCUCGAUUUUCCCCCCUGCUCGACCCAAUUCGUCGUCAGUUCUUCCCUUCCUGUACCCAGUCCAACAGCAGACCAGAGAUUUGCGAACUGGUGCAAAGACGAAAGCAAAGGAUGCAGCUGCAAAAGCGAAGAAAAAGAGAAGGACAUUCAGACAAUAUGAUAUGAAAGAUGCACUUCAAUUUUCAUUAUGCGACGCUAUGAGAUACAUCCGUGCCUUUGAAGCGGGUAGACAAGCAGCAUCCGUUAAAUACGAAGUUCACCUCAAACUACGGACGAAGAAGGAUGGCCCUGUGAUUCGGAAUCAAUUGAACCUUCCACAUGCUGUUCAUACUGGCGUCCGUGUUUGCGUCAUUGCUCCUCCAGGGUCGCGUGCGGCAAAGGAGGCCAAAGCCGCCGGUGCAGACAUUGUGGGCGAGGAAGAUGUGUUUGAGCAGGUUAAGGCUGGUAACAUUGAGUUUGAGGCGUGUAUAUGCCAUUCAUCUAGCUUGCAGAAUCUGAAUAAGGCUGGGCUGGGUAGGGUCCUCGGUCCAAAAGGAUUGAUGCCCAGCGCAAAAUUGGGAACUGUGGUGGAUAACGUUGGCCAGGCGGUAAGGAAUAUGCGUUCCGGGAGUAUCUACCGGGAGAGGGCAGGCGUUAUCCGUAUGCCGAUUGGCCGGUUGGGAUUUUCACCCGAAGAACUCAGGAAUAAUCUACGAACCUUCAUCGGCCAGGUGAAGAAGGACGCAGCGGGCUUGUCCGACCAAGUAUCUAAAGAAAUUGCUGAGGUGGUUCUGAGCUCCACGAAUGCCCCUGGUUUCAGCUUAAACGGCGAAUAUAAAUCUGAGGAUUCACCUCCGAUUUCCGCCCUUACAGGGCAAUGAGUAAAGCAACAUGUAUAUUACUAGGCACCUUUCUUUCUGGCGUUUUCUGUGGCGUUUUCAGUAGAAUGUGUUUUCUAAAACCUAACUCCCUUAAACGCCUUGUCAUGC